GGAGCCAGCAAAAAUGCCAGGUACGUACUCCGGUCGCAGUCGCUUUUUUUUUCGUUUAGGAAGUCAACCUCUUGUAGCUUUUCCUUUUCCACACUGCACUUUUAUUUUUCCAAGUGAUAUAAUUCGCCUGCACCCCCUAGCUUCUGCAUUUCCUAGAAUUCGACUCUAAUGAUGAAUUUUGGUAUGGUGUGAUGUCCAACUUUACGUUUUUCACCAUUGCAUUCUGCACAUCUUUUUGAAUAAUCUUGUCGUACUUUUACAAAGUUUGAUUCCAAUACACAAAAAUGUUCCGGCAGCUGAACCAGGGCGCCCUGCAGGGCCUGAUGGACGAGCAGAUCCGUCAGAUCCAGCGGGCGGGCCAGGCGGCCUCCUCCCUCCUGUCCGUCAUCGUGCAGACGAUAUGGAUCGUGGUGGACCGCAUGAUCAUGCCGGUGAUGAGCCAGUACGAGCAACGAUCGCUUUUCAUCGGCUUCUGGCAGUUGCUUUCUUCCGAGCAGUUGCAGUUUUUGACGUUGAGAUCCUUGGUUUACUUCCACAAAGUGUACAACCUCUACUUCCUCGGCACCUUGGCCAACGCCCUCCCCUUCGCCUACGCGUACUACUGCAUUUCCGACGCCAUGCCGUGUCCGAGGAUACAGCAGCUCAUGAUCCGGGCGGCGAUGGCGGGGUUGUUCAUCCUGGCCUUCGUCAUCGCUUUUCUCGCGUACGAAAACUACUUCCUCGCCACCGGGUAUGCCUUGUUACUCCCCACCUGGCUCGGCGUCGCGUCCAUGCUGGCGCAGGUCCGGAUGCACACGCGGGGGGAGCAGACCUUCGACCCGCUGACCAACUACCCCGUGAUGGGAUUGGUCGGCGGCUUCGCCCAGUUCUUGAUGUUGUACGGGAUGAAGACCUUGACGUACACCGAUGCCUUGAUGCUCACGCUGGUGAUGGACCACAUUUCCGCCGGGAUUGUGGGCAGCUACUACGUGUCAGAAGAUAGAAAGGAAUUCCACUUCCGGUUCGUCAAGGAGUACGCGGCCAUCUUCGUGUUGCUCUUCUACUACUUUUCCGGCGAACCCUUGACCAAGUCCGAGGCCCCGGGGGUGGACUACACCACCGCUUUGUUCUUCUUCGGGUUCGCCAGGUUCAUGAUCGUGGCCAAGGCCAUGUGGGUGAAGCACCGGAUCGCGACCUACUGCGGGAAGCCGGAGGUGAAAUUCCCCACGGUGGAGCGGGUGGACGAUUUGUUUCUGCCCCGGAACGCCACCGUCGUGUCCGGUUUCGACACGGUCGCUCCGCGGAAGCACCGGUUUGACAAGUUUCCGCAGCCCAUCCUGUGGCAGAUGGACGCGCUGUGGGACAGCGGGCUGAUGGACGACCUGAUGCACGGAACCGGGCCGGGGGGCACGGUGAUGCUGUACGUGUUGACCGAUUAUCAAAUGUAAAAAUGUCUGGGUCUGGGAGAUUGCAAGAUUUGUCAUGCAUAUUUUGCAUGAUCCAUAAUGCAUGUAAUGCAUGGCCUAGCAUCACAGAUUUUUAGAGCGCUUCCUCAUGCCUACUCCGCAUGACAAAUGCCAUCUCCGCGGAGGACAAAAUCUACUCCUCUCACUGGUCAUGCAAUACAAAUUUUUUUCGAAUCCAGAGACAGCAUCACAAGUUCCAACCUUCCAGACUCAGACACUUUUACAUUUGAUACCGAUUUCGUCUACACCAUGCCUUUGUUGGCGAUCAUGUCGUGGCAGUUCGAGUUCGACACCUUGGCGUUCGGCUUUCUCCCCCCCGCGUACGGGUUGGUCGCGGGCACGCCGAUCGGCACGAUGAGCGAGAAGGUGACGCAGUUGGAGGAAUCGGCGAAGAACAGCUACCUGGAACAACAGAUGUCCGACGGCGACGUGACCGCGUCCGGCGACUACCCGAUGAGCGAGGUGUGGAAGGCGGUGGGGUACUGCGCGCUGUACUGCGCGAUCCGGUUGAUGUACCCCUUCACCGUUUCGAAGACCUGCUGGGACCGGGGCUGUUCCCCCCCGGAUUGGGCGUCGCGGUUUCUCUACCUGGGGAGCAUCUACUUCAUCUACGACGUGAUCGUGCUGCACGCCGGGGUGGAUGCCAUGGACAACCGGUUCCCCCGGUUCCGCUUGGUCCUGGCGAUCUCCAUUUUCAUGGCCAUCGCGCUGCUCCGGUCGAGCUACUGGAAGGUCUUCAAGAAGAAGUACUAUCUGCUCGCCACCCGCUACCUCCACUACGUCCAGCCGUCGUGCGUGCGGACCCCGGCGAAGGAGCUGUUGGUCGAUUUCGCGAACAACGUGGCGGUGGAAGACUACGGAGUCCUCCUGCUCGACUGCGUCAUCACCCACGGGGCGAACAUCGCGCAAAUCGCCCGGUCCUCCGGCUACAAAAUCUGGGAUCCGAAGCCCUCCGCCACCGCCGCCUGGAAGCUGGCCGGGUCUCUGGUGAUGCGCGGGAUCACCGCGCAGAAGAAGAAGGCGUCCCACGAGCUGAACUGCAAGGCGCAGGUGAUCCAGUGGAUCAGCGACACGCUGUACGCAUGCGCGAGCGAGGCCGUUGACUCUGCGACGGGGCACGGGAAGCGGUACAUGCUGUGCGCCGCACACGCGAAUAUUGCAGCCAAGGAAAGGGUGUUCCAACGGCUGCGGAAACUCGUGCACGAUUCCAACACGAAGAAGGCGUUGGUGCGGGACGGGACGCUGUCGCGCGCGCCCUUGGUGCUCGCCACCUCGCGCGGGAUCCUCCGGAACGUCGACACGGUGGCGAGCAAGGACGACAUCAAAACGCUAGAGAAGUUGAAACUGCGGAACGCGAUCGCGAAGGAAAUAUUCGAAAAGACGCUGUCGACGAAAUAUGCCUCGAUCAAGAAGGUGUCAAAAGACGCGGACCUGGAACUCCCGGUGGAAACCGGUGGAGGGGGGAAAAAGGCCCACGACGACAGCUCCGGAUCCGCGUCCCGGCAGCACAGCGUCAACCUGGGGCCCACGUCGACGGAGUACACCAGCACGUCGCUGGACCAGGGCCCGGCGGAUGAUGGUAUCGAAAUUCAUCUGAUCGCCGAUUGGUUCAGUUGAAGUGUUUCUUGUUGAAGCUGUUUUUUUCGUUGUUUCGUUCUUGUUUUCUACUCAGCAUCAAAAAUCACAUAAGUAAUUCUGUGAAGGAGUACAAGAGCGAGUGAAUGAUCAUAAACAUGAAAAAUUGCAAAAACAUGACUCAACUCUCAGGUGAGAGAGUAGACGUUCUCGAAUCCAACGGGAUGAUGUGGUCCAACAUUUUCGCCCUCGCGCAAGAAGAGCAGCACGGCCUCGCAGACAGCAAGAGCAGAAAACAUUCCGGCGACGAUUUGAGCGACCAUAGCAGUGACAACAAGUCGGAGAGAGACGAGCACAAUAAAGAGGAAGGUGAAAAGAAAGACGAGGGCGUGGAGCUGGACCUGGUGAAACUCGCGCAACUGGCGGAUUCCGACACGAGAUUGCGGGACUGGCGCGCGAACUACGCCGGGAGGGGGAUGAUGACAUUAGGCUACCAGUGCAUUGAGCAGGAGAAGGUCCCCAGCGCGAAGUGCGUCGUCCGCGGUUUUGGGAAUGGCAAUGAAGGGCAACUGGGGACCAAGUUCCGGUACCGGGGGGAAACGAGACCCAUGGACAUCGAGCGGUUUCACGGGAAGGACGUGGUGCAACUGCAGACCGGGAUCGCGCACUCCUUCACAUUGCUGGCGGGAAGUGGGAACGUGAUGGCCUUCGGGUCCAACCGCGCGCUGUGUUUGGGCUUGCGGAGUGAGAUCCACGGGACGGCAGAGCCGUACCUGUCGAGGGGGACAAGAGACGAGCACGUCGUGCAAGUCGCCACCGCGAAAACGGGGACGCAUACCCUUUGCUUGUGCAACAAUGGUAUAUUCAUAAGAAUUUUUUUUGAAAAAAUUACGGAGUUUCACUUUCAGUUUUGUUUUCUUAUGGAGGAGAAAGAACAGAUCCGAAGUUGAACUCCCAAGUUUCAUUUUUCAAUUUUGAACACCAAACUACUUCUUCUAGGUGGCGUUUACGUGUUCGGGUCCUCCGCCUGUGGUGCCCUGGGGCUUGAGCUCGACUCCAUUGACCCCAACCACCAGGGCGUGGCGAAAUUCCACGAGCGGAACCGAAAUCCGGACGGUUCCCGGAGUCACACGGUGUACCAAAAUUCCCGGCCCGUGCUUUUGCGUAUGACCCGCACGAUCCCCAUGAAGCAGGUGGCGGUGGGCGCCCGGUUCUCCUUAUUGAUUGCAAAUAUGUCUGGGUCUGGAAGGAGACAAACUUGUGAUGCGCAUUUCAGAAAACAGAAAAAUCUUUCAUGCAUAGGUAGCAAAAGCUGCCCACUCUCUGUCACCAAAGUGGAGGAUUUGUCAUGCGGAUUCGGCUUUGCGGAAGCUUCUCGAAACCUGUGAUGCUAGAGCUUCCAUGCCAGACCUACCGUGUCAUGCAAAAACAGCAUGACUCUACUUCCAGACCCAGACAUAUUUGCAGUCCAUACUCCUGCAUGAUCGACGACGACGGGGUGCUGUACGUCUUCGGCGACAACUCCCGGGGGCAGCUCUAUUACAGUGAAAAGUGCCCCCCACCCCUGAAAUUGCAAAAAUUUGUGAUGCGAAGUUUCCAAAUGAAAACUUUUUGCCAUGCAUGAAAGGAGUAUGAAUCUUUCUGAUUCUGAUGCAGAGUCUGACGUGUAUCGCAUCGCUUGCAUGACAAGCGCCGCUCUUGCUGGGGUCUUUUGCAAUACAAAUUUUCGCUAUUCACGGUUGGAAACCUGUGAUGCUGAUAGAUGCAAGAGGACGAAUGUUUCAUUUGGAAAGGUUUGCAAUACAAAUGCUCCCAAGUUCGGGGGUGGGGGCAUUUUUCAUUGUAAUAAGCUCGGGAUAGAAAACAUGUCCCUCGACACGGCGCACGUGCACGCGACCCGCAAAACAAAUUUCGACGCGCAAACCCUGCUGCAGAAGGGCAUGCGCGCAAACAACAUGUCGCCCGGGAAACGGGGGCCGGCGAACCCGAGUCUGGGGGAGAACCCGCAGUUCGCAAAGGAUUUCCGAAACACAGAUUUGAUGAGGAUAGGCUCGAAGAUGCUGCCGCGGAGCGUCACACAGCCCAUGGCGCUGCCGGAAAAAAUUAGAUGGCGACAGGUGUCUAUGAAUAUGAACUUUCAAUUCACUUCUUAUUUCAGGUGCACGUAGAUGUACCUGAUGUCCUGCAUCGACAUCCUGAAUCAAUGCGUGCUGAAUUGUUCGUGAAAGAAUGUCGUCAAGCUGAUAGAAUUAUUGACUUUCAAGCUUCCUGUCCGUACUACACAAUUAAUCACAAAUAACCCAAUCGCUACAACAGGUUAUCUGCGGCGACGAGCACGUGAUCGGCCUGGACGACAGCGGGAAAUUCUACGGCUGGGGCGGCAACUCCGCCGGGCAACUGGGAAUCGGCAAGUCCACGGACCAGUACCGCCCGCAACAGCUGAUCCGCCUCGCGGAGGAGAAGCACGUCAUGACCGCGUGUGGCAGCAACCACACGGUGAUCAUCACCGAGAACCUGCGCAUGGGGGCCAACCCGCGCGUGGCGGUGAUGGGCAGCAACGCGUUCGGGCAGUUGGGCUUGGGCCGGGAGGACCCGGGUCGGGUUUAUUAGAAUGAAAAAUGCCCCCCCCACCCCCAGGUUGGCAGUAUUUGUAUUGCAAACCUUUCCAACAGAAACAUUCCCCGUCUUGCAUAUCUCAGCAUCACAAAUUUUCCAUGCUGAAUAGGUCAAAUUUGUGUUGCGAAGUAGUCCAACAGCAGCCGGAUCUGUUAUGCACAAGGCACCUUGCGCACCCAGAUUCUGCAUCAGAAACGCUCGCAAUCCUUUUGUGCAAGACAAAAAGCUUUCAUUUGGAAACUUUGCAUGACAAACUUCUGCAAAUUACGGGGUUGGGGCAUUUUUCAUCGUAAUAGCGUUUGGCCGACGUUUAUGAACCUGAACGAGGAGUUUGGCGGCUUCCUCGGAAGUAUGGAUUGCAAAAAUGUCUGGGUCUGGAUGAUUGCAACUUGUCAUGCUAGAUCUGAAUCAGGCAAAAAACUGUGUUGAAUGAUUGCCAAAGGUUGCGCACUUUUGACCUAAUCGAGAGGCAGUUUCUCAUGCAGGAUAGGUAUUAGAAAGGUCCCGCAGAAUCUGUCAUGCUAUGUCCUACAUACCAGACCUCAUGGGUCAUGGAAAACCUCCAUGACAAGUCUGGCAAUCUUCCAGACCCAGACACUUUUGCAAAUCAUAGGAACCGCGAAACGGGUCCCGAACCCCGGGAACUACUUCUGCUGGACCGCCGCCGCCGCGAACCACACGUUUCUAGUGACCCGACACGGCCAUCUGUGGUGUUUCGGGAACAACCAGCACGGGCAGCUCGGGUUUCCCAACGACGAGGGAAAAGACUGGGUGCUGUACACGCCGACCUUGGUCACGACGAUGACCCACAACGUCCGGAUGGUGUCGACCAGCGAGUCACACACGUUGAUUCUCGGGGGGUGAGGAGAACACAGGAUAGUAGUUGCUGGUGGACAUUCAUUUGCAACAGUUUCCUGUGGGAGAGGAAAGGCAACAAAAAGUUGUUGUGACCCGAAUUACAACUUUCCGGUGACGAGGAGCCCUAGCAGCGCUUUUCGACGAUCGUGGUGCGGUGGAUGGAGGUUGGGGAAUUGGUUUGCUUUCGUCACAGCUGCAGUACAUGCGGGAAGAAUAGCUCCGCGCCCUGUGACAAUUGCAAAUCGAACAGUUGGGAAAAGUGAGCAGACGAAAGGGCGGCAAAGGUGGAAACGUGUGGAGGUGCAUGGAGGUUUUUUUGAAAAAACCGAUUGCAAAUGCAAAUUGCACUUCAAGUGAUCAAGAAGUUCUUGCUGGGUAUAAUAGCAGUUCUUAGAGCUUUUUUUCGUGAUGAAGAGCUAAUAAUUGAAUGACAGACCGUGAACUUCUAAACCUGAAGAUGAUAGCACUGGCUGGCAGAGGUUAACGCCUCGGCAGAAAACCACACCUAAGGAUUCGAAACGAUUUAUAUAUACGUUGUCCUAUGAAACGGCUCGUAGAAGAUUUCUUGAUGAAGAACUUCGUAAAAUUGUUCGGUCGUCGUGCGCAUGUUGGAUUCGUUUUUCUAGACUCG